AUGCUUGAAAAUCAGAUUGCCCAGCAAGCUAGUCCUUCAAGCAAAAAGAUUAGGAAAUUACCUAGUCAACCAGAGAUGAACCCCAAAGAGCACUGCAAAACAAUUACAUUGAGGAGUGAGAGAACAUUACAGGAACAAAAACCAAAACAAAAGCAAAAACAGAAGGAAGAAACUUCUAAAAAUUCUGAAACCCAAGAAGAUGAGGAAGAGAAACAAGCUAAAGAAGUCAAGGAAAAGGAGAAAAGGAAGAAAAAGAAAUUGCCAAAACCCUACCAAUCCCUCUACCUUUUCCUCAAAGAUUCCAGAAAGCCAAAUUGGACGAGCAAAGCAUUAUCCCAAAUGUCAUCCUAUAUAAAAUUUCUAAAGGAAAUUUUUUCCAAGAAAAGCAGGCUGGAAGACUAUGAGACAGUUGUUCUAACAGAGGAAUCUAGUGCCAUCUUGCAAAAUAAGCUGCCUCCAAAAUUGAAAGAUCUUGGAAGCUUUUCUAUACCGUGCUUAAUUAGGAACAUGAACAUAGAUAAAGCCCUCUGCGAUCUUCGAGCCAGUGUAAGCCUAAUGCCCUUAUCUAUAUGCCAAAAGCUAAAUGUUGGAGAAUUAAGGCCAACUACUAUCUCAUUACAAUUGGCGAACAAAUCUGUCAAAUAUCCAGUUGGCAUCUUAGAAAGCAUCCCUAUCAAGGUGGAUAAUUUUUUUAUUCCUGCAGAUUUUGUUGUCCUAGAAAUUGUGGAAGAUGUCCAAAUCCCCAUGAUAUUGGGAAUGUCCAAAUCCCCAAAGUCAGAGAUGAAGAAGUAG